AUGGGAGUUAAGUUUGAAUUUUUUCGUUUUUUCAAAUUGAAUUAUUAUGCUUUUUAUGUAAAGAAGGAAAAGUUCUAUACUUUUUUGCAUACCACUACAGCAUAUUCACUUGUGGGAUUAACCAUAUAUUUAGGAUAUACCUUUAUUCAUAUGUGGAAUGAUGCAGUGCAUUAUUCGUAUAAGCAUUACAUAAGAAAAGAAAAACAACGCAAAGAAUUGUAUGAAAAAAUUAGAAAUGCAAGAGAAAAUGGUUUAAUACCAAAAAGUGAAGUUUUAGAUUAA